GCGACGUCGAUUGCGCGUGCGAAAGCAUGUGCGCAUGGAGUCACAGUUUGAGUUUGGCACGUAGAUGUGCAUCGACUGAAGACCCCUCUCUGAUGAACCGCGGUCGUGUGUUUUUGAGGAAAAUAGCCCCCAAGCUGCCCAAAGGACGAGGCGCUAGCAAAUACAAAUGGCUUUUGUGCGUUGAAAAAGGGAAGAGCGAUGCGAGUGACGGCUCGAAGUGGGUGAUAGGCGAUUUGCUGUUGGUGCCGCGCACUUUGUAUUAUUCUGCUAGGAAGGUAAGUAUAAAGCGCGUUAAGAAUCAUCCGUUGUCGACAGGCUUGCAAAAGGAUCUUUUGUCGUCUAAAUACCUGAUUGCUUGUCGUUCGACGUUCAACGAAUACAUGAAAAACGUGAACAAGUCUGGUUUUUUCCACAGUCUUUUGACUGGGUUUGGAAUGUCGGUAUUGUACAACAUAUCCAGCAAUACCAUUCGCGCGGAGGCGAAGGAGGAGGACCCCGCAAAGUCGGUGACGACUAAUAUGGGCGAGGGCGAUGAUUGGGCGAAUUUGUACAACCAGUUUUUGGACUGGGUUAUGAAUUCCAUAGACGUGUCUCUUAAGAAUACGGCCGCUCGAAUUUGGGAGACGGUGUCAGAAGAUGCGGGUAUGGACGGAGUGGUGAGGGCGGGGCCCGUGGAGCUGAUUAGCGUGGGGCGCUUUGAAGAGGCGAUAUCUAAGUUGGAGGCGAUGUUGCGCAACAGCGAGCAUAGGGGGCAUAUUUGCAAGUAUUUGGCGGUUGCUUAUAUUUUGAAAAAGUGCCCCAAAGAGGCUUUGCCUUACCUGGAAGAGGCUAUCUGGUUUGAGCCCAGAAACGCGGGGCUUCACCUGCAACAUGCUUACAUUAUGAUGAAGAACGAGAAUUAUCGAGAGGCUUGGCUUAGUUUUGAGAAGGCGCUGAUACUGGACCCCGAUUCCUUACAGUAUUCAAUGGCUUCUCUCAAGACGGUGUUGAAGAAGUUGAACGUCAAAGUCAGUAGCGCUGCGUAUUACCACGUGUUGGCGACCGCGCACUACGAAUUGGGGAAUUACAAGCAGGCGUUGGAGUCUUACAGGAAGGCGGUGGCGCUUGAUCCGAAGCACCUCGUGUCGUUGCACAACAUCAAUGUCAUCGAGCGAAUUUUGAAACAGCAGAAAAAAUACGAGGAAUCUAACAUAGACAUUAUACCUGGGCAUCUGUUGCCCAUUGUGACGAGCUACGAAUAUGCUACGCUCGCUGAGUUUUCUUACAAUGCGUUGGCGAGGGCCUUUCCGCCCUCCGAGUGGGUGCUGUUGGUGACGAGCGACGACGCGAAGGACGUGGACGGCUCUUAUUCUCGCGAUGGGUUUUAUGCAGCGGCAUAUGUCAACCAUCGAAAAAGGCACGUGGUGUUAGCCAUACAAGGUUCCAAGGCUACGGAGGACAUUAUAUCUAGCAUUCACCUGAUGUUCGACUGCGUCGACAGACAAAUCAUUUGCGCAAAGCAAUUCUGUGAGUACGUCAUCAACGAGCACAUUGAGAAGACGCCUGAGCUUCAGGGGUACCGACUCUCGUUUACGGGGCAUUCUCUGGGCGCCGUCCAUGCGGAAAUUCUGGCUCACACCUUCGGUCUCCGGGCGGUCACGUUUGAAUCACCGGGCUCUCUGGAGUUGUUGCGAACGAUCAAGGCUCGUUUGGGCGUCAAAGAGACCGAUAGAGAUUUCGAGCGUGCGGCUCAAUCUCCGAUUGUGACUACUUACCUGCCUCGUCCCAACGUGAUCAACACGAUACGUGGCCAUGUUGGCAACACAAUUCGGAUUUAUCCGCCCCUUCCGUCCAAGGCGUUUAGAGCCGAGAACGCGCAAGUCAUCGAGAACACGUUGGAUUCGAUGCAGAAGGUUUUUUGUGCAAUUUCUGGUCUCGACGCCUUGCUGGUGAACAAUUUGACCAAAGAGUUUUGCAAGCUUUUGUCGGAAACGGAGCUCAUUGUGGCGGAGACCGCGCACUGGCACUCGAUGGCCAACAUUUGCCAGCUGCUGCGGUACGAAUACGAGACGGGGGUACCGGUUCGACAAAAGAAGAUUGCAAAGUGGCCACGAACUUCGAAUUUUUAUUUGUACUGGCGCAUUACGCAGGACUGUUUGACCGGAGAGCCGGACGAUGGGAACCUAGGAAAGAUCAACACAGAGUCUCUGAGCUUUGCCAACUACGCCGUCGUAGAGCGCGACAUGAACAGGAUUCCGCUGUCCGAAUUUACGGCAGUUGAAAAGAAAUUUUUGUACGACUACAAAAGCAAUCCCACGUUGUUCGAUACGUGCCUCACGGAAAUUGACAAAAGACUUCUCGCCAGUUACGACCUUGAGCCCGAGUACGUGUGCACGAACGUUGGCAUAUCGCCCGAGCACUGGAAGGAUUUUAUUAGCUUGAAGGCGGGAGAUGCACAAUCUGCCGCGCGCCAACAUUUCUAUGUCUUGAGCGACGAUCAGUUUCUUCUGCACGUGUGCGCCUUAAUAUGAAGUGCUGUGUGCGGGGAGGGGGGGUGCUAAUGCCGAUGGAGUCGAUGGCAUAGCGACACGUACGGCGCAUCUCAAAAAAAAAGGGGCAAGAACGUCAUACUGUGCAGAAUGUGUGUACUACGAUGCGACGAGAGGGGGGAAAAGAACUUUUUUUUUUCUUUAUUCUGCCGUUCCAGAUUUCGCAUUCUGGAUCAAAGCGCACGUCUUUGUGCGGUCGUUGGGGUCGUCGAAGAGCUGUUGGCGUCGCUUUGCUUCGUUAGGGGUUUUCGCGGUCGUCGAGAAGGGGCCUGCACUCGAAGAAAAUGCGCCGGGUUGUGGGGGUCAAUCACUUUUCGUCUCAUUCAGUUCGCGAUAGCAGUAUUUGACCAGAAAGUCGCGUUUCAGCACCGCCUUCAUGACGUCGUUGAUGAGGAAGAAGAUGAGCACUCGGAGAGCUAAGCACGCGAAAAAGUAGAAGUUCACGUUGAUUGCUACGGUGUGCACGAAGAGUAUUCUCAGAACGUAGAUGAUGAAGAAGCAAAUCAAAAUGAACAAGUGGAGCACGAACAUGAGGUCAGAUUUUUCCAGCAGAUGAUAAAUAAGUGGGAUGAAUGCGAACAUGGUGGCCAGAUCGGCGGUAGAUGGAUAUGACUUCAUAAGGCCGGAAAAGCACAAGAGAAUCCACCAGGCGACGAAUGGGUAUUUUCUUUUUUUGAGCAAGGAGGUGUCAGUUUUUCGGCGCGAUGGUAUUGCUGAGUGUGGUUCGAUUUUUCUUACCUAAAUUUCAGAGUGAUGGGUAUCAUAUAGAACAGGAUUUGGAACUGACAAACGAAUAGAAAGAAGUUUCUGAAGUUUGGGAAAAUCAGACCAAAAAAGUACCAAUUGAUGCCGAUGUUCGGUUGUAUAUCCUCUACUUUGAAGAUGAAUCCGAAGUAGGAUUGGAGGAACUUCCAUCCGACAGCGGAAAUGUCGGAAAUUGGUUUGGCGCCGUCAUUCAAAAAAUAAAAUGACAAAAUCAGCCAAAGCUGCAGGAAAGAUACGACCGAGACGACGACGGUCAUGAACCCGUAUCGAUUGCUAUUGGUGUCGCUGGUUAAUAGCAGACAGCUGGGUGGAAUCAGAACGACCAGGUGCGGGUCGACGAAGAUGCAAAGCGCUAGCAAGAGCGUUGAAAGAAAUUUGUAAUUCAACAGCAACAAGAGCGCCAACAGGAAAACGGCCGUAUUUUCAAUGGUUUGAGUCGACUUUGCGACGCAUGAAAGUACGGCAAAGGGAUUGAGUGCAUAUCCCAAAGAGAUAAUUUGAGGUAGAUGAGAAUAGAUUUGUCGUUGCAGAAACUCUCUUAGGCGACUGCGAGACACGUCGAGGUUCGCGGCGCUUUGCGUCAUUUUUUCAUGCUUGGCAUAGUGGAUGAGUGAAGUUUCUGGCGAAGUUUCAUGCGAGAACUUUCGUUUGUAGGCAUUUGGAAGGCAGAAAAGAAGAACGACAGAAAAGAUGUCAAGAAUAAUAAAAAUAUGCGAAGUUAGAAAUUGGAACGAAUCAAGGCGAGACAGUUGCUGGAAUAGACAAAGGUAGAAGGGAGAAUCGUGAUAGUAUCCGACGUCGUAUGGAUGGAUUCCCUUGCUUUUAAGCCAAAGCGCCUCCUCUACUAGAAUGAAAAAAGAGUGUCGAAUGUGUGUAUCAUGAUUUGUGUAAUAUAUGAGUACAUUGUGUUGUUGCCAUUUAGAAAAGCGCCAA